AUGACAUUUUUCUCGGCGAUCCUUCGACCUCUCCUCAUCGGUGUCACAGCCAGCGUCGGCAUCUACCUCGCCUUCCUGAGUCUCCUCACAAUCCCUUCGCUUCAGGAUCAUGUUAUCUACCUGCACCGUGUGACGCUGACCUGGUUCCAAGAUGUCAACGUACCCGAGCAUUGGGGUUUUCUCCGGAACCAGGUCACCCCCUUCCUCCUCCAAACGCCAGACGGCGAAACACUACAUGCGUGGCACGUCCUGCCUCUCGAGACAUAUCGAAAAAAUGAAAAGCCGCUGAGAGAAGAGCCGACAGGGUUGUGCCACAAUAUUAAAGAGAAAUUGGGGUUUAAACUACUAAGAGAUGAUCCGACUGCUAGGGUGGUCAUAUAUCUACAUGGAGCAGCCGGUACACUGGGAUCAGGCUGGCGACCUCAGAGCUAUCGUGCUCUCUCUGCUGCUGCGCCCAAUGUCCACAUCCUCGCCAUUGACUACCGCGGGUUCGGCUCGAGCACUGGGUGGCCGUCAGAAGCUGGUCUUCUAACCGACGCACUUACAUUGACAGAUUUCGCGAUGAAAACUGCUGGCAUUCCGCCUGAGCGAAUCGUCGUCUUUGGACAGUCGCUAGGCACGGCAGUCAGCAUAUCUCUCACGCACUAUCUAGCCUUUCAAUCACCUCCGACCUUUUUUGCGGGAAUCGUGCUCGUAGCGCCAUUUGCAAACGUCGAACUUUUGACCCAGACGUAUAGCAUUGCCGGCACUAUCCCUCUUCUUGCGCCUGUCGCACGUUGGCCGCGAGCUCUGGCCUGGCUGAACAGUCUCAUCGCUACCAAAUGGCCAUCAAAGGAUAAACUCGCUGAAUUUAUCCGUCUGUUAGAGACGACGAAGCUUUCAGAGCGGAAGACGAGCUACGACAUCACCAUCAUCCACGCACAAGACGACUAUGACGUCCCGUGGACUCACUCGGAGGUUGUGUUUUGGCAUGCUGUCAACGCAAUCAGACCGCCCGGAACGAGCCUGAGUUUUGAGGAGUUGGAGGCGGAAAAGGCCAGGCGGAAAGCUGAGCUUGGAGCUGGCGGAUGGGAGGUCGAGUGGAGAGGCGAAGCUGGAGUGGUGCGAGAACAGAUUGUGAAGCACGGCCUUCAUGAUCGGAUCAUGAGCUAUCCAGUCGUGAGUCUCGCCGUUGCACGGGCAUUCCACAGCCUGGAUCUGGAAUAG